ACUGUCAAAUUAGAUGUAAAUAUUUUUGUGAAGAAGGUGACUUCUCAAACAAACAAGUUUUAGCAGGGUUUGAGGGUUGAACAUUUGUUUUUUUCCCUCCUUCAAAGUUUGAAUUUGGAUAACUAUUAUAACAUAAAAAACGGUAAGAAGAUUAUAAGGUUUUCUGAUUGCUAGAACUGAAAUUCGCUCACUAUUAGAGCGAGGUCUUCACUUCUGUAGAUUCUUUCUGCUGCCCAAUGCUCAACGAAAACCAAAAAUUUAAACUUUAUAAAGAUGCUUUGUCUUCAAGAAUCAUAAAUAUCUGCCAUUCUUUAAGAAAUCUCAGACGAAACAGAUUCAUAAGAACACAUCCGAGAAGUAUCUUGAAGAACUUUAGUAGUUACUCUUUCUAAACUGUAUUUUACUGAGAAAGUCAUAAAUAUACCUCUGCAUAUCCAUUUUGUGUUCAUUCAGUACAAAUUUUAAAGAUUUUUUACCAAGAAGAUCAUGAAGUUUUUAGAGAGCAGUAUAUUUGAAGCUAUUAAUUCAGCACUUCGUUUUCAAACUGGCGACUGUUUGAUUCGUGGAAGAAUUGAAAGCUAUUCUUGCAAAAUGGCAGGCGACCACAAGAAGUUGUUUAAAAUGAUGAAUGCUGAGGCUGGCCCAAAUGACCUUCAGGCUCUCUCACCUCCACAAAGCAUGCUUACUGCUACAAGUCCAAAUAAAAACUACAGUCGCAGUCAGAGUGAUGAUGGAGAAGGACAAGGACCUUUAUGUGACACCAUCAAUCGCAAAACAUUGAGCUAUUUAAUAGCCACUUUGAAUGCAUCUUUUCAUCCAGAUUAUGAUUUUAGCCAUGCUAAAAGUGAAGAGUUUAGCCGAGAACAUAGUGUAAGAUGGGUUAUGAAUGCUGUUGACAGCAAACUAAGUGCAAAUGCAAAUAAUGAUUAUGAGGCUUUAAAAGCCCAACUGUGGUCUGCAUUGGACCAUGAAAUCAGUUUGAAUGAAUGCGACAUUUACAGUUACAAUCCUGAUUUGGAUAGUGAUCCUUAUGGAGAAGAUGGUUGCUUGUGGUCUUUCAAUUACUUCUUCUUCAAUAAGCGACUGAAAAGAAUCGUCUUCUUCACUUGCUAUGCUAUUGGAACUCCAUAUUGCACAGAAAAAACAGAGUUUGAUGAUGAUUUGAUCAUGGAAAUGGAUGAUUCUUUUGAGUAGAGAAUAGAAGAUUAAUGGAAUAUUUAAUAGCAAGUUUUAGGUUUUGAAUUGCAGUGUAAUAAUCAUGGAAUUCAAGUGUUCAUUGGGUAGAGUUGAACAAAUGCUGCUCUAUUAUGUCAGAUAAUUAUCUAUCUAUAUAUAUAUAUAUACAUACAGAUAUUUCUUUAUUAUUUUUAAAUGUAUAUAAUUUUAUUAAGAGUAUUGUUUUAUGUAUACAUAUUAUCUAUAUAUGUUGCUUAUUAUAGAAUUUGUUUUUACAGUAAUUCUUAUUCUUGAAGCUUUAAAUAUUGUUCAAAAAAAUUUAGUUAUUCUAUGCUUUUAUUUCACAUCUUUAUAUAGCAAUUCUGCUAAAGUGUAAUUUGAUAUGUCAUUAGUUUGAAACUUCACAAUGAAGUAAAAAUAUAUAUAUAUUACUGAACAUUUGUAGAUAGAUUGAUUGAUUAUAAUAAUUAUUUUUCCCGUUCUUUGCAAAAGAGCAUGUGUAUUAAAAAAAAAUAGUAGCAUAAAAUGCAUUCAAGAUUUGUAUAUAAACAACUCCUCACUAAAUCAUAUGACUUCACUUUUAAAUGUAUUAAAUGUUGUAUGUGAAUUUUUCUUUUUUCAUGCACUUAAGCCUAAAAAGCAUGUUUUGGAGAUGUCUUUUUUUUUUUAUUUUUUUAUAGAUAAUUAUUUAGUUUGCUAUUUGACUAAUGAUAAGUAAGAGUAUCGAUAAUUAAAUCGGUGCAUUUAUAUUCAUUUUGCAGGAAUUAAAUCCUCAAAUGUCAUUUUGUAUGAACCUUAGUAGCAAAAAAAGUAAUUAUGUUGGUUUAGCAAAGCAAUUUUUUUGUUUGUAUAUGUGUUUAGUACUGAAUUUAGAAAUUGACUUUUUUUUAUAAUAUUCUGUAAUAUUCAUCACAAUGAGAAUUCUAACACCAUGGGUACUAUCAACACCUGAGUUUAAGAAAAAUUGUACAUUUCUGUAUGUCAGAUGUAAAAUAAUCUUAUGAAAGAAAUACAUUUUGAUUCAAUACAUUGGAAAAGCUGAUGCAUCAUCAUACGAUACCAGAAUGCCCUUCCCCUGGGAGAAAAAAUCUUUUGUGUCAUCUCAUUAUUCCGUCCUGUCCCAUUUUCCUUGCAUUACUAUGAGUAAUUUAAUUUUCUGAGGCUACUUAAUUGAAAAACUGCAUUUAUGUUCGGAACUCCGCUGAAACCAAAAGUAUUCAUUAGCAUCAUUGAAACACGCACAAUCUGCAUCAUUUAUUUCUGGAUCAUCUAAAGAGUUAAUUAUGCUUUCCACCACCCAUGGUUUUCACUUCUAAAAUUACUGGUUUUAUGUGUUUUGAACUUAUUCAUUGUGUUUGUUAGCUUUUUCAUUUCUUAUUCUUGUAUUUUAUUUGUUACUGGAGUGUUUACUUAUUCUUAUCAGAUUUUUUAGAUCUGAUAUUCUUUGUAAUACUAAUAGAAAUGUUGUAAUUUAAGUAGUUAAUAUCGGUG